AUGACACCUUGCACGGUUCAAACUUCAACCUUUUACCCUCCAAUCCGCACGCGGGACAUGCAAGAUGUGUCCCUCCAGCCUUUGUGUAUCGGUGUAUGCUUUUCCGGUGCACUUCCAAGGCACCUCAUUCGCAGUGUCAUUCCCAUCCAGAUAUCUGUUUCGAUUGCUGAGGAGUAUAGAUCGUUCACGAUGCCAGUCUUAGAAGCUCUUUCUGUGGAUGGAUACCCUCACUCUGGGUGUUCCUUAUCUUUUGACGACGUCUCUAAUGUUUUGAGCGACAGUGGAAACGCGCUAUCCUGCGACAACAUUGAUAUACCCAUCCCAUUUCUUCCGUUGCCGCACAAUUUCAAUCCCACAGAUUCAUAUCAUUGGUCCCAGCUGUCGGAGCAGAUCCAGCUCUGGUUGGUUACUAUACCGGAGGAUUCACAAUAUUGGACAUGGGGCCGUGACGCCUUCUGGUUGGCCUUUAUUGGUGCUUGCCCUGAUUUUCCAAAUGGCAGGUGGCCGAAAUGGGACGCAAGGAUUCCCCUUGAGGGCCAGUUCAUAGAGCACUGGCUCGAGGGUGGAGCUGUGGGUGGACUCGAUCAAAGUAGGGAAGACUUACUGGCACAGAUAUGGUCCGACUUUUGUACUCACGCCAUGCUCUUUCAUCCCGAACCUUUGGUAUUGAUUGACGUAGCGUAA